AAAUAAUCCGACUCGCCUGUGAGAUUGAUUGAUUGAUUGACUGAUCAACUCGACUCACACAGUUUUUUUUUUACUUAUCGCUGAGCAAAUCCGCCCAAUAUCAAAUAUCAUUCAAAAUAAAGUUGAAAAAUCGCGCACUUUUUCAAUUCAAUUCAACUUUUUAUUUUUUGUCUUUAUUUCUUUUGUCUUUAAUUCAACACUCAAUCACUCACCUCCCCCCUUUAUUUUAAAAAGUAAUCAACCACAUUUUAUUCUUCAUUAUUUAACGAUGCGGAUGCACAGGUCGGUUCUCAAAGCCACAAGCACGCGGAUGAUGCCGCGGGACAAGACUCUUCCCAAAGACCUUCAGCUGAAAAAGUGGAAAAUAUACAAGGGUGACAAAGUUAUAGUCACAGCCGGUAAAGAUCGUGGACAAACCGGUACAGUAGCCGAAGUAUCCCGUAAGACCAACUCUGUAUACGUCCGUGGACUCAAGCUAGCAUUUAAAAACGUACCAAAAACAGUCGAGUCUCCGACAGGCAAAAUUCAAAAAGAAAUGGCCAUACAUGUGUCUAACCUGGCGCUGGUUGAUCCUAGCACUAAUCAGCCGACGAAGGUGAGGGUUGGGCUUUUUACGGAUCCGGAUACGGGCGUGAAGGAGAAACGUAGGUAUUCGGCGAGCUCUGGGUCAGUUAUUCAUAAGGUUGUGGAUUUGUCGUAUCAGAAGAGCUGGAAGGAUGGCGCGUUUGAUACAGAGCCCGAGCUUGUCAGUAAGGUUACUUUCCAGGCGGUUCCUGGCGUGCCCCCAUUCCCUGAGGAUGUCAUUCGUGAGAUUCAGAACCGGCACAAGAAGCUUUUCUAAAAAAAACCUAUAUAUAAACUGAGUAAGGGAGAUUGGAUUAUUUUUAUUAUAUUUUAUCGAAUAUAUUGAUAUUUUUUGUGUUUCAAA